CUAACUAAAUUUAUAAUUUAACGAAGUCUGGACGGUUACGAUUCCCGCCAGGGCGAGCUUGGUGCGGUUCCAUUCGGAUAACGCAGAGUGAGAGGAGGGCCAGAAACCAGCGGCUGAGAACUCCGACUUUUCAUUUUCUCUAUUUUGCAGCCCCCGUCAAUGGCCGCUCUGAGUCUCGGCCUAACGGCCACCAGAAUACGUGUUUCCACCAGUUCGAUUCCCGCCCGCUCUCGUCCCAACACCAUAACCUGCGUCUCAUGGGACCCAGAAGGCCUAUUCGGACGGCCUCAGACCGGCCACAUCGCUCGAAUGGAGUUCAAGAGGCGACUGGAGAAGGACGCCGAAGCUCGCGAGGCCUUCGAGCGCCAAGUCCGGGAAGAGAAAGAGCGCCGCAGAGCGCUUCGAGAGUCUCGUGAAAUUCCGGACAAUUUGGCCGACCUGGUCGAGUAUUUUCUCGAUACUGAAGCUCAGGAUAUUGAAUUUGAAAUUGCCAGGUUGAGGCCCAGACUGACCGAGGAGUUUUUUUCACACUUGAAAUUUGAGCUGGGUCAGCUUAGAUUUUCUGUUUCAAAAACUGAGGCUAUGGAAGAUAGAGAGAUAGAGUUGGAAGCACUACAGAAAGCACUUGAAGAAGGAACAGAAGCCUAUGAUAAAAUGCAAGGUGAACUGGUAAAAGCAAGGCAAAGCUUAACCAAAAUUUUAACAUCAAAGGAUGUAAAAGCUACCUUGUUAGACAUGGUCGAGCGAAACGAGCUCAAUAGAUCGUUACUGGCCCUUCUCGACGAAAAUAUAGUGAAUGCACAAAGGGGUGACCAGAAGGAAGCUGCUGCUUUCAUGGAGAAGAUCCGAGGGGCUGUUCUAAAGUACAUGACAACUUAGAAGUCCUGAGGUACAGAUUUAGAACUCUCCCUGUUUCUUCUCCUCAAUCUUUGAUUUUGUCGGGGAAUAAUUCUAAAAAUUAGUCUCCAAUAUUUACUAAAAUCAUAGAAAAAGUCCAUGUUCAUUACAUGAUGUUGUAAAUUGUUUGAAAUAUAAAAAUAUUUAUGCUUUACUGAA